AUGUCGACGGAUGCACCAAACGACCCCAAGCCGGAGGAACCCGCCAGCGAGCACCUGAAUAUCAAGGUUACCGAUGGCAACAAUGAGGUUUUUUUCAAGAUCAAGAGAACCACUCAGCUCAAAAAGUUGAUGGAUGCUUUUUGCGAUCGUCAGGGGAAGUCUCCCAAUUCUGUGAGAUUCCUCUUCGACGGAACUCGCGUUCAGGGUGGGGAUUCGCCCGAGAGUGUAGGUCUUUUUUUGCUUAAAAUUUGCUCCUAUUUACCUUACCCUCUCUUGCCCCGGUUUUUCUCCCGUAUCCCUUAUUAUACACACCUCCAUCCCCAUAGCGACCCUAUCAUCGUCCUGAGACGGGGGGCAAUUUUUUGAGAUUCCUUGAUUUUACUCUUUUUUCUUUCCUCUCAUCAGCCAUUUGCCCCCUUGUCCUCCGGUCUCCGAGAUCAUUGAUUCUUGUUGGAUCACACACCCUUCUCUAAUUUACCCCACACCGCUGUCUCCUUGUUAUACCCGAUAUUACCGGCACCCCGCUAAUGGACAUGUAGCUCGAUAUGCAAGAUGGGGACACCCUUGAAGUUCACCAAGAGCAAAUCGGAGGUGGAUCCUCCUUU